CUAGCUCUGACCAGAAGCAACAGAGCAAAAAGAAAGCUCUAGAGAUCCAAGCCAAGAGCCUCGCAAGAAUCCAAUCCAAUCAUUUCUCCCUCGCUUGCAGUCUUUGCUGCUUGCUCCAGGAAUCGAGACCCCAUCUGGCGAUCUCUCCUCUUCUUCUCCUAGCGCCGGCGCUUCGGUUCGCCUCCUGAUUUCGAAGCUUCUUGGGAUUUUUCAAGCUGAUUUUCGUUUCGAAGGAGGCAGGUUCUUGAUUUCUUCAUUUCACUGCGAAUCCGCGAUGCUAGCUUAGUGGUUUCUGUGAAUAUCUGUGGUUUGUUCGCUCUCAAUCCUUUCUGUUCGGUGGACUGGUCGAUCUAUUUCUACCCGGUGGAAGAAGAUGACUUAGAUGAGGGUUGCUCGAUCCCCCAAGGGGCAAAUUUCCUUCUCUCUCUCUCUCUCUUUUCUCUACUAUUACUGCAUUGAUGCCGUAAUUUUGGGAAGAAAGUGAUAUGCUGUUCUUGACCAUUGUCGUUAAAAUUUGCCUAUUCUUAGCAGCGUUGAGGCGCACCUGGAGGGGAGUGUUUGGUGGCAGCUGCUGAAAUGAGUACCAGCAGAGAUAAGAUGAGAAAGCUCAAGGAGCUGCUGCACAAGAGUGAAAACCGAAUAUGUGCUGACUGCAGCUCACCUGAUCCCAAAUGGGCAUCAGCUAAUAUAGGAGUUUUCAUAUGCCUAAAAUGUUCUGGAAUUCACAGAAGUCUGGGGACGCAUAUUUCAAAGGUUCUAUCAGUCACUCUAGAUGAGUGGACUGAUGAUGAGAUUAACUCCAUGCUAGAAGUCGGUGGAAACUCUUACGCCAAUGCAAUCUAUGAGGCAUUUCUUCCAGGAGGCUAUCACAAGCCACAUCCCGAUUCUAGCCAGGAAGAGAGAGCAGAUUUCAUCAGGUCAAAGUAUGAGUUGCAAGAAUUUCUGAAGCCAAGCCUGAGGAUAGUUUCUAACAAGAGCUCUUUACAGGCCAUGGACUCUAGAAAAGAUAUUGGCAAUGCUUCUAAUUCUUACAGCUUCAAGAGUGAGGCUGGUAUGGUUGAGUUCAUUGGAAUAAUAAAGGUUAAAGUGAUCAGAGGGACUAAACUAGCUGUGAGAGACAUUCUAAGCAGCGAUCCUUACGUUGUGCUGACCCUUGGACAACAGAAAGCAAAGACUAAAGUAAUCAAAAGCAAUCUGAACCCGGUUUGGAACGAGGUGCUUACACUGUCGGUUCCUCAGAAAUACGGACCUCUGAAACUUCAAGUGUAUGAUCAUGACGUGCUAUCGAGGGACGACAUCAUGGGGGAGGCCGAGGUGGACCUGCAGCCGAUGAUCACCGCCGCUAUGGCGUUCGGUGACCCCGGGCUGCUGUCGGACAUGCAGAUCGGCCGGUGGCUCAUGUCGCGCGACAAUGCGCUCGCCAGGGACAGCGCGGUGAGCGUCGUCGGCGGCAGGGUGAAGCAGGAGGUCUCCCUGAGGCUGCAGAAUGUGGAGUGCGGAGAGGUGGACCUGGAGCUGGAGUGGAUUGCUCUCAACCAGUAGAGACUUCUGGCUACAUCAGUGUGAUCUUCCUCCUUUUUUUAAAAUUAUUUUUCGUAACAAAAAUUAACACUCUUAGCGUCUGCACCAACUAUGAAUGCGCAACUAAAAUGUUGGCUUUUAUCCCGAUGUAUGUUACUGGAUUUUGGUGUAGCCUUUGUGUUACUGAAAUUGUUGUAGCCUGGGUGAUGGUCUUCCUGGACUGUGGUGUCCAAAAUGGCAAAAUCCAUGCUGAACUUUCUCAACUUGGUUGAAUUGUACGUGAUUUUGCUUAUUGUAACUACAGUUGUUUGGUUUAACGGCACAAUCAUAGCUUUAAAUAGUACAAGAUCACAAGUGUGAUAUUCAGUUUUA